AUGGCGGAGCGGAGGAUCUCCUAUGCUCCCGACGUGGAGAAUGGCGACCACCCACGCAAUGCCCCCGACAUCAACGACUCGACCGCCCAGCUGGACGAGUACACUGCCCUGAACCGCUACAUCUCGACCGCCCGUGAGCGCCGCCGCGGCUCGACCUCCUCUGCCGGCGAGGCCUACGACAAUGCCAAGUCCAAGGGCAAGCCCUGGUGGGCGUUCUGGCGCUCUGCCGGCGACGGCUUUGGCGGCGAGGGCCAGUUCGUCGCCCCCGACGAGUGGCUCGACACCGACAUCCGCGCCGGUCUGAAGAGCAGCGACAUCGAGCCGCGCCGCAAGAAGUCUGGCUGGAACGAGCUGGUGACGGAGAAGCAGAACUGGCUCAUCCAGUUCAUCGGCUACUUCCGUGGUCCCAUUCUUUAUGUGAUGGAAUUGGCCGUCAUCCUGGCUGCUGGUCUGCGUGACUGGAUUGACUUUGGUGUGAUCAUCGGUAUUCUGAUGCUUAACGCUAUUGUCGGUUGGUACCAGGAGAAGCAGGCGGCCGACGUUGUCGCCAGCUUGAAGGGUGACAUUGCCAUGCGCGCCUGGGUUAUCCGUGACGGCCACGAGCAGGAGAUCCUCGCUCGUGAGCUGGUUCCCGGUGAUAUCGUCAUUCUCGAGGAAGGUCACGUCGUCCCCGCUGAUGUCCGCCUGAUCUGCGACUACAACAAGCCCGAGAACUUCGAGCUCUACAAGCAGCACCUGGCCAGCCUGGGUGACGACACCCUCAAGGAGAAGGAAGAUGAGGACGAGGACGACCGCGAGCAGCACCUGGGCCACCCCAUCGUUGCCGUCGACCAGUCCGCCAUCACUGGUGAAUCCCUGGCUGUCGACAAGUACAUGGGUGACACUUGCUACUACACCACCGGUUGCAAGCGUGGCAAGGCUUUCGCUGUCGUGACGGCCACCGCCAAGCACUCCUUCGUCGGAAAGACCGCCUCGCUGGUGCAGGGUGCCAAGGACCAGGGUCACUUCAAGGCCAUCAUGAACUCCAUCGGUACUACCCUGCUGGUUCUCGUUAUGUUCUGGAUUCUCGCGGCAUGGAUUGGCGGUUUCUUCCGUCACCUGCGCAUUGCCCUCCCCGAGGACUCCGACCGCAACCUGCUGCACUACACCCUGAUUCUGUUCAUCAUUGGUGUCCCCGUCGGUCUGCCCGUCGUCACCACCACCACCCUGGCUGUCGGUGCUGCCUACCUCGCCAAGCAGAAGGCCAUCGUCCAGAAGCUCACUGCCAUCGAGUCUCUGGCUGGUGUCGACGUGCUCUGCUCGGACAAGACUGGUACUCUGACCGCCAACCAGCUGUCCAUCCGGGAGCCCUACGUUGCUGAGGGUGUCGAUGUCAACUGGAUGUUCGCGGUCGCCGCCAUUGCCUCGUCCCACAACGUCAAGAACCUGGACCCCAUCGACAAGGUCACCAUCCUGACCCUGCGUCGCUACCCCAAGGCCCGUGAGAUCCUGUCCCGCAACUGGGUGACUGAGAAGUUCACUCCCUUCGACCCGGUGUCCAAGCGUAUCACCACCGUCUGCACUUGCGAUGGCGUCCGUUACACCUGUGCCAAGGGUGCUCCCAAGGCUAUCCUGAACCUGACUCAGUGCUCUGAGGAGGAGGCCCGUCUCUACAAGGAGAAGGCUGCCGAGUUCGCUCGCCGUGGUUUCCGUUCCCUGGGUGUCGCCGUUCAGAAGGAGGGUGAGCCCUGGCAACUGCUGGGCAUGUACCCCAUGUUCGACCCGCCUCGUGAGGACACUGCCCACACCAUCACCGAAGCCCAGAACCUUGGUCUGUCCGUCAAGAUGUUGACUGGUGACGCCAUUGCCAUUGCCAAGGAAACCUGCAAGAUGCUGGCCCUGGGUACCAAGGUGUACAACUCGGAGCGUCUGAUCCAUGGUGGUCUGACUGGUUCUCGUGUGCACGACCUCGUCGAGCGUGCCGACGGUUUCGCCGAAGUCUUCCCCGAGCACAAGUACCAGGUCGUCGAGAUGCUGCAGCAGCGUGGUCACCUGACUGCCAUGACUGGUGACGGUGUCAACGAUGCUCCUUCUCUGAAGAAGUCUGACUGUGGUAUCGCCGUCGAGGGUGCCACCGAGGCUGCCCAGGCUGCCGCCGAUAUCGUCUUCCUGGCCCCUGGUCUGAGCACCAUCGUCGACUCGAUCAAGGUCGCUCGUCAGAUCUUCCAGCGUAUGAAGGCGUACAUCCAGUACCGUAUUGCCCUUUGCUUGCACCUGGAGAUCUACCUGGUCACGUCCAUGAUCAUCAUCAACGAGACCAUCCGCGCCGACCUGAUCGUCUUCAUCGCCCUGUUCGCCGACUUGGCCACCAUUGCGGUCGCGUACGACAAUGCCCACUACGAGCAGCGUCCUGUCGAGUGGCAGCUGCCCAAGAUCUGGGUCAUCUCCGUCGUGCUGGGUGUCUUGCUGGCUGCCGGUACCUGGAUCAUCCGUGGCACCAUGUUCCUGUCCAACGGUGGUGUCAUUGAGAACUGGGGUAACCCGCAGGAGAUUCUGUUCCUGGAGGUUGCUCUGACGGAGAACUGGCUGAUCUUCGUCACUCGUGGUGGCAAGACCCUUCCCUCGUGGCAGCUGGUUGGUGCCAUUGCUGGUGUCGAUAUCCUGGCGACCCUGUUCUGUGUGUUCGGUUGGCUUUCUGGUGGCUACCCGGAGCAGACCAGCCCGCCUGACCCUGCGCACUUCUCCGACGGUCCUACCAGCAUUGUCACGGUGGUUGUCGUGUGGGCCUACUCUCUGGGUGUGACGAUCAUCAUUGCCAUGGUGUACGCGAUCCUGACGGACAUCCCGUGGUUGGACAACCUGGGUCGGUCUUCGCGCUCCAAGGCGGACACUCACCUGGAGAACCUCAUCGGCCACCUGUCGAAGCUGGCCAUUGAGCACGAGAAGGAUGAGCACACCGGCCGGUCCCGCUACGUCCUCACGACUCGCGCUCCUGAGGAGGAAGAUGACGAGUAA